CGAUGAUUCCAGAUUCCAGAUGGCUUCUCAAACUCUCUCAAAGCUUGUCGAAAGCCACGUCAACUCUUCUCGUCCACCUUCCUCACCUCCUCGUGUCAGCUGCUUCAGUCUGUCGGUUUACGCGUAAUAAAUUUCAAUAAAGAAGCGUCUGAUUACUAUCGAAGAGUCUCAGAAGUCGGCAGAAAGAGCGAAGCGCGAGCCAGGAAUAGCUGACAGUCAUGGAGGAGACACAACAAGAGAGGCAACAACAAGAAGUGAUGGUGGCUGGGGUGGACGAGAGCGAGCUCAGCUGGUACGCUCUCCAGUGGACCCUCGACCACUUCUCCGUGCCUUUCGCUCCUCACUUCCCUUUCAAGCUCGUCGUCGUCCACGCCAAGCCCAGCCCUGCCUCUGCUAUCGGCCUCGCCGGUCCCGGAGUAAUAGAGGUCUUGCCGAUAGUCGAUGCCGACUUGAGGAAAAUAGCUGGUUGGGUCAUGCAAAAGGCCAAGGACAUUUGUAACAGCAGAUCGGUUCACGAUGUGACCUUCCAAGUGAUGGAGGGCGAUGCUAGGAACGUUCUCUGCGAUGCCGUGCAAAAGCAUCGUGCUUCAGUACUAGUUGUCGGGAGUCACGGCCAUGGCACUAUAAAAAGGGCUGUUUUGGGUAGCGUCAGCGACUACUGCUCUCAUCACGCCCAUUGCACCGUGCUGAUCGUGAAGAGGCCGAAAAUCGAAGGCUGAACCCUAUCGCCGAUAGCAGUUGUGUAAAGUCAUAAAUGUCAUUAAGAGUGUGCACGUAAUGACAUCAACAAAUGACUUUCUUCUCUCUGAUAGACUUGGUUGCGUUCUGUUUGUGCAUACGAGGUGACUAGAAUUGCAGUGUUAUUACCAGUCUCUAGACUAUGUUCUGAAGCAGCUUCUAAACUUUUGCUUCAAAUAUGUCGAUUAUUG